CUGGUUUUCCCCGAAAAUAUUCUAACUAUUCUUACAAAUCACCAAGAUUGCUUCGCCUUGUUGGCAAUGCAACCAGGAGAAGGCUUCGCAAUAAUCACAACCGCUCUAAACAGUCGUAUACUGGCGAAGUCGUUUUACUAAUACUUGGUGAAGCACGUCGGGCCAUUUCGGUUAUCUUUGACGACGCAGGAGGUAAAUAAAUCAUCAGAGCGUAUAGCAGUAUCAAUAAGUUUCACAUGAAACUUGCCUGCUGGACCAAGUCUUGGAGCUGAUUAUGAAUGAGAAGCCCCCAAACAGCAACAACCUCUUCCUGAACGAGGAGUCUGAGAAGCCCCAUUGCACUGAGAAGGACACCCAGUGGCUGCACAGAGCCAUGCAGAUGCGAGCGUCUGGAGCCAAGGACCAAAUGUGUUCUGUAACGCCACGCAGCGCCAAGGCCUUCCUGCUCCGCAACACCUUUGUGCUCUGCACUGUGGCAGCGGUCGCAGUAGGAAUUGUGCUGGGAUUUGCUCUGCGACAUCACAGUUUGUCUGUGAGGGAAAUAAAGUAUUUCUCAUUUCCUGGGGAACUCCUAAUGAGGAUGCUGCAGAUGUUGGUCCUGCCACUCAUCGUAUCCAGUCUGGUUACGGGUAUUUCAUCUUUGGAUAGUAAAGCCUCUGGAAAGAUGGGAGUGCGGGCCAUUAUUUACUACAUGGUGACCACUUUUAUUGCUGUGUUCAUCGGUAUAGUCAUAGUAAUCAUCGUAAGGCCUGGAAGAGGCAUCAGAGACAGUCCAGUGACCUCUAGUGGUCGUAUUGAGUCAGUGCAAGCUGCAGAUGCCUUUUUGGAUCUUAUCAGAAAUAUGUUUCCACCAAAUUUAGUAGAGGCCUGCUUUAAACAGUAUAAAACUGUAUACAAGAAAACAGUUUUCACCAAGAACAUUACCAUUAUCAUCAAUGGAAGUGAUGCAAUCAAUGCCUCUGAGUCAAUCCAGGCGGGGAACUUGAGUGCAGUCUUGCAGACCAUCCAGGAGACACUGGAAGAGACAGUUCCAGUGUCUGGCUCCUCCAGUGGGGUCAAUGCUCUGGGUCUGGUAGUGUUCUCCAUGUGUUUUGGCUUGGUGAUUGGCAACAUGAAGCAGCAUGGCCAGGCUCUGCGGGAGUUCUUCGAUUGCCUCAAUGAAGCCAUAAUGCGCCUGGUAGCAAUCAUUAUUUGGUAUGCUCCAGUGGGGAUCCUCUUUCUGAUUGCUGGGAAGAUUGUCGAGAUGAAAGACCUGGUGCAGGUCGGAGGGCAGUUGGGCAUGUACACGAUGUCUGUCGUCAUCGGCCUGCUCAUUCAUAGCCUCUUCAUCCUGCCUCUGCUCCUCUUCCUGGUGACACAGAGGAACCCCUAUAGCUUCAUUGGUGGCCUGCUCCAGGCUCUGAUCACAGCCUUAGGGACAUCAUCUAGUUCAGCCACCCUUCCAAUUACCUUCCGCUGCUUAGAGGAGAAUAACCACGUGGACAAGCGGGUGACACGCUUCGUAUUGCCUGUGGGUGCCACGAUAAACAUGGAUGGUACAGCUCUCUAUGAGGCAGUCGCAGCCAUUUUCAUAGCCCAAGUCAAUGAUAUGGACCUCAACUUUGGGCAGAUUCUUACCAUCAGUAUCACGGCAACCGCCGCCAGCAUUGGAGCAGCAGGCAUCCCUCAGGCUGGUCUGGUAACCAUGGUGAUUGUAUUGACAUCGGUGGGACUGCCCACCGAGGACAUAACGCUCAUCAUUGCUGUGGAUUGGUUCCUGGAUCGCCUCAGAACCACAACCAAUGUGCUGGGAGACUCUAUAGGAGCUGGCAUUGUGGAACAUCUGUCACGACAGGAACUGCAAAACCAGGAUACCGAGAUCAGCAACUCUGUGAUUGAGGAGAAUGAAGAGCCCUACCAGCUCAUCUGCCAGGAGAAUGACUCCCUUGAGCACCGCAACAGUGAAACCACAAUGUAAUAACCCUUGCACAUGCACACGGAAUUAUAGCUAAAGCCACUGCCAGUGAUGGAAAUUUAGAAAUGCUGGUAAAGAGAAUGUUCAAACAGAGGGUACUAAAAGCCAUAUCAGUGUGAAAAAAAGUUAAGAAUGAAGUUUACUACAUUAUUAGUAAGCUUCAUUCUUAUUCCACAAUCAAUCUAAUUCUACACUACACUUUACACUCAAAAUGAAGACCUAAGGGCAGUCCCCAUCUGGGUGUCCGGUAUCGUACUUUUUUUUCCUCUACCCAAGGACCAUUACAUACUACACUGUGACAUGUCUACAUAAUUUACUUUGUUCUAUUAUUUACGCUAUUUACUAUACAUUAUUUACACUAACAGUUAAAUAUCUAAAAGGUAUUAUAAUAAGUAUUCCAGUAUUUGCAGUGCUCAAAUUCAAAAAGGAAAUUUAAAAAGAUCCAAGAAGAACCUUAAAGACAACUCUACAUUGAAAAUGAGGAAAGAAAAAUAUUCAGUUGUAAUAACUGUAUAUGUUAUUGUACCAUCAAACAUGUUAUAACAAGUGACAUAAAAAGUUGAUAAUCUUACUUCAAAUGACUCAUCAUCAUUCACUGUCAUUUAUGCUGUCAACACAUUUCUUUUCCCACUUACUCUUAUUGUCAUUUGUUCUUGGAUAUUGUAACAUUUUAUGUUGCAUUUACCUUAUUUAUUUUAUUCAUUAUGAUUAUUAUUAAUGUAGAUUAUGAUUAAUCCAAUUACAAUGCUAGUUACAGCUAGUUAACAUAACAUUCCAACUCACCUAGAUCUUUCCUCUGUAAGGUUUUCCUGUACCCUUGGCUAUCAUUUCCACAAAUAAC